GAGAAAGAGAACAAACCGAAUUCUAUGAAGAGAGUAGUGCUAAGAAUCUCUGCGUCAAUGGCGAUUUCCAAGCUCCACUCACUCUUUCUUCUCUCAGUCCUUCUCUCCCUUCAUCGUCCUGUUCUUUCCGACAACGAUGAGGAAGACAUUCUUCUAAGAAGCAUCAACGACUACAGAACAUCGCUAAACCUAACAGCACUGACACAAAACGACAACGCAGAAUGUCUCGCUGACGAAAUCGCAGACAAGUUCAAGAACCGACCCUGCACAAACUCGACUGGCUCAGCUUCAGUGCCCGGAUCCGAACCUGGAAUCCCAGACUACCUUAAACUCCUCGACAAAUGCAGCCUCGACAUAGCCGCGAUCAGAGACGGUGUGAUAAUGCCAGCUUGUGUUCCUAACCUUGACCAGAGCCUUGUCUUGUCCAAUUUCACAAAGUCGUCACAGUACUCCAGGAGCCUGAAUGAUUCCAAGUUCACCGGAAUUGGUAUUGGUUCUGAUGAUAAUUGGAUUGUGGUCAUCCUCGCUACUAAUACAACGGAGGGUAGCUUUUCUCCGGCCAGUAAGGACAAUAACUCUGGAGGAGGUUUCACAUUUGGAGCUAAUGGCAUCGUUUCUUCAUGUUUGUUGGUUCUUCUCUUUUCUUUCUUGAUCAUGUUUUGA